AAGUAGGUGGGAAAGCGAGGUAGGCUAUCUAGUUACUUGUUUCUAUAGCAACCUACAAGAGCGGCGUGAACGCCGCGUAACCAUGGCAAAAGCACGCAAACAUUAAAGUGGAACAACGGUGGUCAACAUCCCGUCCAUCCAGCCAGCCGCCCUCUAACCUCAACAUGUCAACCGUUGAUAAAAUGACUUCGGAUAUGGUAGCGUCCAGACCUCGACAGUAUGACAGUGCUAUUGCACCUGAUGCGUCCCUCAGAGUACCAGAGGCGUCCCGCCCGUUCAACGGAGGAGCCACCGUAGGCUUCCGCUCAGCCAAAUACACGCCGAUGGAUUGGCACUCUAACAAUUACGCGAUCCUUCAACAGGCUGAAACAGAUGCAACUGCAGCCGAGAGGAUCCAGCGACUGUCCAAAAGUCUUUGCAAGAAAAGUGAAGCAGACGCGCAGAGCAGACAGUCAGAGGGAACUCGCCAUCUGGGCGGGAGGUUGCAGGAGAUCCACUUGUUGAAGUCGGAGUUGCAGGGGCACAUCGAGAAGUUGUUGGCUGAGACGGACCUGCUGCUCCUUCUCAAGACCCGUUUGGAGAAAGCGCUGGACGCCACCGAAAUACCAUACGGCAUCGCCACCGAUAACCUCACCUGCCGGGAGAGGCGCCUAGGACCCGAACUGGUUAAAGAUGCAGUCGAGGACGAGCUUUUGAAGGAAAUUGACCUGAUCAGAAACAUACAAGCCCUUCUGAAGAGGACGAUCGAUCAGGUUGUCUGCCAGAUCCAGAUUAACAGAGAGGCUAAAAUGACUUUGGAGUUGGACUGGUCUGACAAAUGGCAUGCAUACAACCUGGAUGACCAGUGUGGACGAUACAACAACAUGAGCAGAAACACACAGCACCACCCAAGUUCAGCCACGAUGCAGGAUCAGGUGUCAGAGCCCACCUCCUGGCUGCAGUUUAGCGAGGAAAAUCUGUCCAGGGCCGCACAGGAAGAGCACACCACCAUGAAUCUAAGGGUGCUGGUGGAGAGGCUGUUGCGGGACACCACGGAGGACUUGAGGUCCCAGUGUGCUGCUGUGGACCAGGCCUUCAGCCAGCGCUGCUCGGAACUGGCCGAGGCCAAAACCCUGCUGGAGCUACAGCUCGCACAGAUUUUGGAUCAGAUCGGCGCUCAGGAGAGGAACAUUGUUGCUUUGCAGCAGGCAAUCCUUGACAAAGAUGCCCCACAAAGAGUGGCUCAGUCAAGGCUCUACCACCGCUCCCACAGGCCCAACAUGGAGCUCUGCAGAGAUGACCCUCAGCUCAGUUUGGUGGAAGAAGUGCGGCAGCUGGAUGCCAUGCUGUCAUCGCUGCAGCAGCAGCUGGCUGAAGCACGUGGUUCGCUGGCCCACCUGGAGGAGUCCCGCACGGCCCUUGAGAAGGCCAUCGCGUGUAAAACACACUCUCUGCUGGUGGACAAGGACAAGUGCAUGCCCCACCGCAGACGCUACCCCACCGUCGUGGCGCUAGCAGGCUACUGAAGUAGAUUAAAAAAUAAUCGUUUUUUGUGGUUGAUUUGGGUUUUUAUAGUACAACUGUGUCAGGAUAAUUCAGACACUACUUUGUCAUCAGCGUACACUCAUAACAAGUUGCUUCUGGUUUUCCUUUUUCUAGUUGUAGCCACUCAUACUCGCCACUUGAGGGCAGUCACCGACAAAAACAUGAUACUCUUUUUACUGUACCAAUAGACUUUGAAACAUAUGGUUGUUAAUUAAGCAUGACACCUAAUAACUUCAAUCCUUUUCAUUAAACAAACAUCUGUUGACGCAACAGAUUCAAAGUUGUUUCUGCUUUGGGCUUCAUGGCUCGUUGUCCUCAAUCACGUACAUUCACAUCAAACACAGAAUCAUCACCACUCGAUCAUCUGUAGACAGCAGAUCCACACUAACGAAAACGAUAUUCCCCUCCCCCGCCCGUUUUCCUUGGCAGCGUGGCAGGAAUUUUUCCGUAAUGAUGGACUCAUUGCAAAGAUUCAUCUAGCUGUAGAAACGCUGUAGUACAUAUUCCAGGCCUAUAUUCGGCACUGUUUCUGCUAUAGAACUCCAUCAAAAAAAUAAGAAGAGGAGGCGGAGCAUGUGCAUCAGGGCUGCGGGCUGUAUACAAACAUGCAGUCGAAGAAGAAGAAACCAAGAACCGACAGUUGUUAAACCUUGUAGAUUGAGCAGAAAAUACUUUUUAAUGUACAGUUAGUAAUUAUAUUUACUAAGGGGCUGUAAUUAAAGCUACAAAAAUAAAUCAAAUCAAACAAAAACAAAUUGGAUGGAAAUCUAACGUUUUCCACCGGGUGGGUUGGGCGAUGACGUCAUCGUUUGCAUAUCUUGGGUCUCAUGACUCCCAAAACGAAAAAACGAAGAGGGGGAGCUUGUCUCUUUUUCACCCGUGGACCUGGUUUCCAAAGAGUGCGUUUGCAGGCCCAUAAAACUCAGUGUCCUUGACGGUCGGCCCAAACGUGCAAGACUGCAUGUUUUAAAUCGUAGCCGUGUGGCCAGGGCCUAAACCACACGGAAAGGUUGGUUGCAAUCUGCCACCUAAUCGCUAGAUGCCACUUAAUCAUACACACUGCACUUUGAAGGGUAGUAAAUAAAAAAAAAUGAAUUAUCACAUUCGACGAGGGCCUACCUAUGGCACUGCC